AUGAAGAAGCUUGAAUCUCAAGUAGGAUAUCUUUCUCAACAAAUCCUUAAAUCCACUGACAGUUUUUCAAGUGACACUGAAAAGAAUCCAAGAGGAGAAACAAAGAAUGUGAGAUGGGAAGAAUACAAGGCAAUCACUCUAAGAAGUGAGGAGACCUUGGAGGAAGAAAUCAGCAAGCCAACAGAGCACAACCAAGGAGUUCCAAAGGAGAAUUUGGAAGGGAUAGUACAAGGAACUGACCCUGCACAAAGGAAGGAGCCAAAGGAGAAGGAAAUCCUGAAACCUUAUGUGCCAAAAGCAUCAUUCCCUCAGAGACUCAGGAGUAGUGAGAAAGAGAACAUGUAUUCUAGGUUCCUUGAUAUAUUUAAGUCUCUUCAUAUCAACAUUCCCUUCAUUGAAGCCCUCCAACAGAUGCCCUCAUACAUUAAAUGCAAGAAGGAGUUGCUAACCAAGAAGAGUACCUUGAAGGGUGGGCAAACAGUAGUGAUGACUAAAGAGAGCAGUGCUCUCAUCCAGAAGGACUUGCUUACAAAGAAGAAAGAUCUAGGGAGUUUUCACAUCCCUUGUGCUAUAAGGGAUACAAUAAUUGACAGAGGAUUUUAUGAUCUGGGAGCAAGUAUAAACCUAAUGCCUCUGUCCCUCAUGAGGAAGCUACAAAUCAAUGAGUUAAAACCCACAUAUGUAACCCUCUAA